UAUAAAAUCGAAUCUACAUAAAUUAAUAUUAAAAAAUUUGUAUUAAGUGAAAAUGUGGUUUAGAUUAACCAGAAGCUUUUUAUGUAAAAAUACAACAAAAUUAACAUUAUAUAAAUUCUUUAAAAGUGAAGGUGAUCAACCUUUAUCCAAAAAAGCACUUAAAAAGCAGGCUAAAGAGGCCGAGAAAGCGGCAAGAAAAAGUGAAAGACAGGCUCAGAAGGAAGUCGUCGAAGAAGAUGACUUUUCUAAAGAUUUCUACGGGAAAUUACCAAUGAUGCAAUCUCAUAAUAAACCAAAGAAACUAUUACAUAAAAUAAGUGAGUUAACAGCAGAUUUGGCAGAUCAGAAGCUAUGGGUGAGAGGACGAUUACAUACAAGUCGAGCAAAAGGUAAACAGUGUUUUUUCGUUCUCCGUCAACAACAGUAUUCGGUGCAAGGACUUGUGGCGGUAUCUGAGACCAUCAGCAAGGCUAUGGUCAAAUUUGCCUCAAUGAUUACUAAAGAAUCUAUAGUUGAUGUGGAAGGAUAUAUUCGUGUCGUUCCUCAGAAAAUUGAAAGUUGUAGUCAGCAAGAUGUCGAACUUCAUGCAGUCCAAUUAUUUGUUAUAAGUGCUGCUGAAGCUCGCCUCCCUCUCCAGAUAGAAGAUGCUGCCAGACCAGAAAAUCUUGAUGAUCCUGAAGGAUUAAAAAUUCACGUCAACCAAGACACUCGAUUAGACAAUCGCGUGCUUGAUCUCCGAACACCUGCCAACCAAGCUAUUUAUCGUUUGCAAGGUGGUGUUUGUGAGUUGUUUCGAGAUGCAUUGAAAAGAAGACACUUUACCGAGAUACACACACCAAAGAUAAUUUCUGCUGCAAGCGAAGGUGGAGCAAAUGUUUUUGAAGUUUCGUAUUUCAAAGGUAGUGCAUAUCUUGCACAGUCUCCACAAUUAUAUAAACAAAUGGCAAUUGCAGCAGAUUUCGACAGAGUUUUUACUAUCGGAGCCGUAUUUAGAGCAGAAGAUUCAAACACUCAUCGGCAUUUGUGCGAAUUCGUCGGUCUCGAUUUAGAAAUGGCUUUCAACUAUCACUAUCAUGAAGUUAUUAAUGUUAUCGGUGAAAUGUUUGUUGAGAUGUUUAAAGGUUUGCAAACCAAAUAUGCUGAUGAAAUUAAAACAAUCUAUAAACAGUAUCCUGCUGAACCUUUUAAAUUCCUUGAGCCAAGUCUGAGGCUUGAAUUUCCUGAGGCUGUUGCAAUGUUAAAAGAAGCCGGAGUAGAAAUGGACGAAGAAGAAGAUCUUAGUACACCAAAUGAAAAAUUACUUGGGAAGUUAGUGAAAGCUAAAUACGAUACUGACUUUUACAUUCUGGACAAAUAUCCAUUGAAAGUUCGACCCUUCUACACGAUGCCAGAUCCUCACAAUGCCAAAUCAUCAAAUUCAUAUGAUAUGUUUAUGAGAGGUGAAGAAAUAUUAUCUGGUGCUCAGCGAAUUCAUGAUCCUGAUUUUCUAACCAUGCGAGCGACUGAACAUGGCAUAAAUUUAGAGAAAAUUAAAGCCUACAUUGACUCGUUUAAAUAUGGAUGUCCACCUCAUGCUGGAGGAGGAAUUGGGCUAGAACGAGUUACAAUGCUGUUCUUGGGCCUGGACAAUGUUAGAAAGACUUCAAUGUUCCCAAGAGAUCCAAAGAGGCUCACUCCAUAAUUGAUAUUUCAAUUUGCAUUGUGAUACAAUUAAACGCUUGUAGAUUUGAAUAAGCUUGAUUUUUUAAGCUACGGAAUGAAGUAGAUGUCUAUAGUAUGAUAGAAUUAAAAAUUUGCAAGUUUGUGAUGAGAAAA